GUCGCAAUGACUUGCGCACUAGUCGGCUGCAAAGCUUCAUGUCAAAUCUCUCUUCGGAUUCUCGAUCAAUAUGACCGGCAGGAGAGUUGUUGUCUUCCCUUCUGGGGCUGAACUCGGACCAGCAUUGGCGCAGUUGGUGACAUCUCGGGCUGAAAAGGCCAUCAGCGCUCGAGGAAGGUUUACUUUGGGACUGUCUGGAGGAAGCCUCGUGUCGAUGCUGAGCAAAGAGCUUCUCGCUCUACCAAAGUUGGACUGCAGCAAAUGGGUGGUUGGUUUCUGUGAUGAGAGGCGGGUGCCAUUUGAUGAUCCAGAAAGCACCUAUGGACUCUACAGGAGUCAACUUUUUUCCAAGGUGAACAUUCCUGACAGUGGCAUUUUAACCAUUGACCCAUCUCAGCCAGUGGCUGAAUGUGCAGAGGACUAUACAGCAAAAUUAAAGAAGGCGUUUCCAGAUGAUGACAUUCCCAUUUUUGACAUGCUGCUGUUGGGCAUGGGGCCUGAUGGACACACGUGCUCCUUGUUCCCAGACCACCCUCUUUUAGAGGAAACCAAAAUGAUGAUUGCUCCCAUAGGCGACUCACCUAAACCACCCCCAGAAAGGGUAACCAUGACCUUUCCCGUGGUGAACAGUGCGCGCUGUGUGACAUUUGUGUCCACUGGAGGAAGCAAAGCACCUGUUUUAAAGGAUGUUCUGGAGGGUGGUGAAGGUCCACUGUUCCCCGCAGCUCGUGUUGCUCCCCGUAAUGGCGAGCUUUUCUGGCUCCUUGAUGGCCCCGCUGCUGCCUCACUCAGUAUCCCAGUGGAGAGGCUGGAUUCUGGAUCCAAACUCUAGACAUUCCAAAGCAUUCCUUCUUUCUUUAGACAGCAAAUGCUUACUGAUGUAAAUAAACCUAUAUU